AUGUCGCAGAAAAACCAGCUGAACUUUGUGGCGGAGGCCCAGAUAUGGAAGGAUCACCUUGAAAGAGAACAGGAAGCUGCGCGAAAAUGGCCAAAACGCUGGGGAUUUCUCACCACGCCAAUCGAAGAGCUGUUAAAAGAUGAAAAGAAGCAGCCUCCUAAACCAAAGAUCCCGCUUCCGGAGCACUUGCAAAUCCGACCUGUGACACCGGUGGAGAAAUAUAUUAAGAUAGAGCCAUCUCCUCCUGUUCCUCAGACAACUCAGGGGUUUAUCGGCUGGAGAUCAACCGUACCAGGGCUGGAACUUGAACGAUAUUAUCAGAUCAGAAGCUGUAAAGGUGCCUUUUACAAGGACUUGCAGUGGCCCAAUGAGCCCACCGAUUAA